AGAAGGAUAUACCAAGAUUAUUGUGAAGCAAUGAACAUUCUUUCACUUAGGAUCAUGGAGCUAUUGGGGAUGAGCCUAGGAGUGGGCCCAACCUAUUUAAGAGAAUUCUUUGAAGGAAAUGAGUCAAUAAUGAGAUUAAAUAACUACCCCCCUUGUCUUAGAGCUCAUGAUACUCUUGGAACUGGUCCUCACCGUGAUCCAAACUCGCUCACUGUCCUUCAUCAAGACAAUGUUGGUGGGCUUCAAGUGUUUGUUGAUCAACAAUGGCACUCUAUUUUUCCCAAUUCACAAGCUUUUGUUGUCAACAUUGGAGACACAUUCAUGGCUCUAUCAAAUGGAAUUUACAAGAGUUGCUUGCAUAGAGCAGUGGUAAACAAACAAGUUCCAAGGAAGUCUCUGACCUUCUUUUUGUCUCCAAACAUGGACAAAGUGGUGAGUCCACCUAACGGAUUGGUCAAUAGUCAUACAAGGAUAUAUCCAGACUUCACUUGGCCAACUCUUCUUGAAUUCACUCAGAAGCAUUAUAGAGUUGACAUAGAUACCAUUGAUGUCUUCUCAAAUUGGCUUCAAUGCAAAACCAACUGA